CAUCAAACAUCUCCCCUGCAAAUAUGUUUUCUUUUAGUUAUUUAUAAAUGAAUAAUAUCGAUCAAGACAAUAGUGACUCAUUUGACGAUGAAAUCUAUGAGGUGGAACGCCUGCUUGGCCACCGCAUAACAAAUGAUUGCUAUGAAUACUUGAUAAAAUGGAAAAAUUACAGUAAUGAAUACAACACAUGGGAAAAAGAACGCAACAUAUUUGCAAAGGGACUGAUAUUGGAUUAUUGGCGCUCAAAAGGCGCAAUGUCUCGAGAUGCUUCCCCUCAAGUAGAAGAGAACCUGAAAGAAUACAUAAUCAAUGCAAAGCUAUCAGGAAAACCUCCAGAAGGAAAGACGUGGGAUGAUGUUGAUCACGUUGUCAAUGUUUAUAAUUGUGGAAGCAAUAUUCUUUUUGCUGAAAUCAAAUGGAAGCAUUAUAGUCCUAAUGAUCACGUCAAUAAUACAUUUAUACCAACCAGAAUAUUAAGAAAAAUUUACCCACUUAAAUUGAUAGAGUUUUAUCAAAGCAAGAUUGAUUACAAAUUACCAUAGUGCUGUUACUGGAUUCCCAACUAAUUAUUGACUUAAAUUAAAAAACUUGUUCUUUUGUUUAUUUUAAUAAUCAAGUCUACAACAAAGAGCUUUACUUUCAUGAUAUGGAAGAAAUAGCCAAUAUCAAUUGUGGGUCGUGCGGACCACAACUGCCAUUGCCUCCACUCCGACCUCGGAUGUUGUUAUAGGCUUUCUAACCGCGCUUUAUUCUCAAACAAUAAAAAAAAUUCCCAGUAUACUCUUUACAUCUUUGUCGUAUCCGAACAUAAUUCACGCUUAUUGAAACUAAGGAAAUUACCCUUACAAUAACACUUACUAGUACAUAGCACCAUUUCUUGACCCGGAUGUCACAGUAGUAAAACUAGGAAACCCUUAAUUAAGUUACUUUACCCCAGAACAACUGUUAGACCCGCAUCAACUAUAAUCCCACAGUAAA